AUGGUUGCAUUUGUUAAAUUUCGUUUGGAUCGAAACGGUAAACGUCUUUUAACGGAGUUUGGCGCGAUAGGAUCGAAGAAGCGGAAGCGUGCGACUCUUGAAGCUGAGUACGACGAAGACCCUGAAUCUUUUCAGUUACGUGAUCCUGAUCUUGCUGUUAGGAUCGAAGCCAAACGCCUACGGCAAGAGUUCGUCGAGCACGAUGAAUAUGAUUUGCGGAAGAUGGAUCGCCCUUGGCAGAUCCAAUUAUGCAAAGAGCUUGAAGAAGCCCCUGAUGAUCGUACGAUCCACUGGGUGUACGGGCCCGAGGGUAAUGAGGGCAAAUCUACAUUUGUCAAGUGUCUUAUGAAGAAAGGCUGGGUUAUGGUCAAUGCCGGUGCGGCAGCUGAUAUGAAAGAUCAGUAUACUCAGCAAGGAAUGACCAAGAAUAUGGUCGUUGAUAUUCCUCGCUAUGUGCAAGGAGUGGAGUAUUCUGGUGUCUACUCGCUUGUGGAAGAAGUUAAGAAUCGGUUGAUCGCGUCUACGAAGUACCGACCGGAACAGGUCGUUGAUGUUAGCAGAGUACAUGUUGUUGUGAUGUCCAACAAGAAGCCGGAUAUGGAGAUGCUCAGCAAGGAUAGAAUAUGUUUACAUGAUUUGUCACCUCAGAGUGUUGAGGUUGAUUGUGGUGAUAGGCCACACAGUUGUUAG